AUGAUACGGGUUCAUGAUCCCUUGAUGACAGAUUUCUGUGAUUCGCUUUGUUACAUGGAGCACAACUGUGCAAGUUAUAAUUUGAUGAAGAGGAGUGAACCUGAAGGACACAGAUGUGAACUGAAUAAUGCUACUCAUGAAGGAAACGAAAACGACCUUGAGGAAAACCCAGAUUACAUAUACCGUGGAACAAAGCCGUCCUACCACAAAAGACCAAUAAAUAUUCUUUUUUCAGAUGUUGACGAGUGUUCCUUAGGGACACAUGGCUACAGUGCUGACGCUGUGUGUAAUAAUACCGAGGGAUCAUACCUGUGCAUUUGUUUGCCUGGAUAUUCUGGAGAUGGGCGGGUUUGCGAAGAUAUUGACGAGUGUGAAUCAGGAACCCACGAUUGCAGUCCUGAUUCUGAGUGUAAAAAUAUUAAUGGAUCUUACAAAUGUUCUUGUAAGCCUGGAUAUUCUGGAGAUGGACGAAAUUGCCAAGAUAUUGACGAGUGUUCCUCAGGAACACACGACUGCAGUGCUGACGUCGCAUGCAAUAACAUCAAGGGAUCAUACCUGUGCAGUUGUUUAGCCGCAUAUUCUGGAGACGGAAGGCUAUGCGAAGAUACUGACGAGUGUGCUUUAGGAACAGACGACUGCAAUGUCAAUGCUGUCUGCGGUAAUGCCAUGGGAUCAUACAAAUGCACUUGCAUACCCCCAUAUUAUGGCGAUGGACGAGUUUGCGCAGGUGAAACGUUCUUUAAAAAUAAAAAGAAAAAAGAAAAGAUUUGGUCGAAAUGGUGA